AUGCAAUAUGAUGGUAAAAUUUCUGACAUGACACAAAAGAUGGGAGCAAUGGAGGUACUUUUGAAAAGUAUGUAUAUGCAACAAAAUCCACAUUUAAGUGAAGAGGAAUUAAACGGUAAGAUGAGAGAAGCCUUGCACAAUGAUAAUAUUCCAACACCACGCUCAUCGAUAUCAACCUAUGCUCCUGCUCAUCAAAAGGUUAGAAAUGAAGAUGAUCCUCAAGAUGAACAAGAUGACGUUCUUCAAGAUGAUGAUGAUCUUGAUGAUGAUCUCCAAUAUGAUCAAGAUGACGAUCUUCAAUAUGAUCAAGUUGACGGUUCUCAAGAUGAUGAUUGUCAUGAUUCUCAGUACAAUGAAUAUGAUGAAGACCUUCACUGA